AUGCAGAAUCUAAAAUCAAUAACUCCUAGAUAAGAAAUGAAGCCAGUUAAAGUCAAUAUUACAACGUAAUUCACAUAACAAUAAACUCUAUAGUGAGCAAUUCCAAGCUUUAACAAAAAUGUAUAAUUUGGGUAAAUUGUAAACAAAAAAUGCAGAGCGUGAACUCAUUUAAUAACAUUUACAAUAAUAGUAAUUAAUAUAAAUUGGUACUCAAAGAAAUAAUACACCAUAAUCUUGUAAGAGUGCUUAAGAAGUAUUAUUAUAUGCUAUAUAUUUUUAAGAUGAAAUAUUUCCUAUAUUAAAAAAAUAAUGGAAAAGAAUAAUAAAUCAAAAUCUAAAACAACUCAUAAGUAUCACAAAAACCAAAAAAUAGUUUACAUCGUAAUUUUUCUUAAUUAGAGAAAUCUGGAACACCAAUUCUACCUUAAAAAAUUUAACCAUUAGUAACUUCAUAAUAAAAAGUUAAAAAAUAUAAUCCUUUAUCUAUUGAUUAAAGAUUUACAUCAAAUUAAUAAUUUGUUUAAUAAAUAACAUCUCAAAUAAAUAAAAAAGAAGAUCCACCAAAAAAAGAAAAUUUAAAAGUGAGUUUAGAUGAUUUUGUUACUUAAAUUAAUAAACCAGCAAAAAGUUUGAUUUCCCCAUUGAAAUAAACAAAAUCUUUAUCUCCUUCAAGUAGAAUUUAAUCAUCAAAAUAGAAAAGUAAUAUUUCUAUAUAUAAUAAAAUUAGAAUUUAUAUACUAUGUAACAUCUCUUAUAGAAACAUUUAAAAAUUAAUAUCCUUAAACACUUGAUUAAUAAUUAUUUAAAGAUCAUGCUGUUUAGACUUUUAAUUGUAUUGGUUUUUGUUUGAAUUUGUAAGAUCCAGAUCCUUAAGUCUUAAGAUAAAAAUCAUUAGAUCUACCUAUAAAAUAAAAUUGCAAGUGUAAGUUAAUAAUGGUAUUCAAAUAGUUAAGAAGACAGUAGUAUUUGAUUUAGAUGAGACCUUAAUUCAUUGUAAUGAAAAUUAAUCUUUAAAAGCUGAUAUUUAUUUACCUAUAAGAUUUCCUUCUGGUGAUAUAGUUUCUGCAGGAAUAAAUAUUCGUCCUUAUGCCAAAUGGAUAUUAACAGAACUUAGUAAGGUAUGUGAAGUGAUUGUAUUUACUGCCUCUCAUUAAUGUUAUGCUAGUUAGGUGAUUUCUCAUUUAGAUCCAAAUAAUUAAUUACUUUCAGCAUAAGUAUUUAGGGAUGGAUGUGUAUUAUCAUCUGAAGGAGUACAUAUAAAGGAUUUAAGAAUAUUUAAAAGAGAUUUAAAAGAUAUAGUUUUAAUAGAUAAUGCAGCUUAUUCUUUUGGUGUACAUUUGGAAAACGGAAUUCCUAUAAUUCCAUAUUAUGAUAAUCAGGAAGAUAAAGAAUUAAAAUAUUUAUAUGAUUUCUUAAUUGAACAAGUGUUACCAGCUCCAGAUUGUAGAUUAGUUCUAUAAUCUACAUUUAAAUUGAGGGAAUAUUCGAAAUAUAGAGAACCAAAGACAGCCAUAGAGAAACUAUUUUGA